AUGCAUUUUCCUUCUUUACUCUCCUACUGUUCGUUGCUUGCAUAUGCUCAUGCCCAUGUGGUAGACACAAGGCAUGUUGCUAAGGCACAUCGAGACGCUCAUUUCAAUCGCGCAGUUCAUGCGCCAUACGACAAAAAAUCAAAAACCUCGGGCCUGCACAUUCCUUCUCCUGCAGCAUCCCUUGAUGUUUCUGUGGAUAUAUCGAUCAAUACAGACGCGACAGAGUCCGAUGAGGCUUCAUACUGGCUGGCAGAUAUUGCGCACCAGGGAAUCGCGGCAUUCAACACCAACCCAUCAGACUAUACUGUUUUCCGUAAUGUCAAGGACUACGGUGCUGUAGGCGACGGUGUAACCGAUGACACUGCAGCCAUCAAUUCAGCUAUCAGCUCUGGAGGUCGCUUUGGCCCAUCCAGCGGAGAAACGUCGACCACCACCCCUGCGAUUGUAUACUUCCCUGCUGGAACUUAUUUGAUCUCGACCUCCAUCAUCGACUACUACUUUACCCAGAUCAUCGGUAACCCGAACGACCUUCCUGUGAUCAAGGCCACUUCGGGAUUCUCAGGCUUGGGCUUGAUUGAUGGAGACCAAUACCAGAGCAGUGGAGAUCAAGGAUGGACUUCGACAAAUGUCUUUUUUAGACAAAUUCGGAAUUUGAAGUUGGACCUGACGAAUAUUGCGGCUGGAACUUCUGCUACAGGUAUUCACUGGCCUACUGCACAAGCUACUAGCAUCCAGAAUGUUGAGAUUAUCAUGAGCUCGGACUCGGGAACUCAACAUCAGGGUCUCUUUAUUGAGAAUGGAUCCGGCGGUUUCUUGAAUGACAUCGUCACCACUGGUGGCUUGUAUGGAGCAAAUAUUGGUAACCAACAGUUUACCAUGCGCAACCUGACUAUCAAUAAUGCUGUGACUGCUAUCUCUCAGAUUUGGAACUGGGGUUGGACCUACCAAGGUCUGACCAUCAAGAACUGUACCACUGCGAUCUCCAUCAACAAUGGCGGUGCUGGUGAUCAGUUGGUCGGCUCCGUUAAUGUUCUUGAUAGCAGCAUCUCUGAUUGUUCCACCUUCAUCACCACUGCCUGGGAGACCUCCUCGUCGACUAAUGGCAGUCUCAUUCUGGAGAAUAUUUCUCUCGAAGAUGUCUCUGUUGCUGUGGAGGGACCUAGUGGUACAGUUCUCGCUGGAUCAUCAGGAUCAACUACUAUCAGUGCCUGGGGCCAGGGCCAUAAGUAUGCUCCCAGUGGUCCCACCAACUUCCAGGGAAGCUUCACUGCACCAACUCGCCCAUCUGCUUUACUGGCUAGCGGGUCCACAAGUUAUUACACCAAAUCGAAGCCUCAGUAUGCCGCAUCACCCACAUCUUCAUUCGUGAGCAUCAGAAGUGCAGGUGCUACUGGUGAUGGUACUACCGAUGACACUACUGCCAUAAACGCUGCCCUGACAUCGGCCGCCUCAUCUGGUUCGAUUGUCUUCUUUGAUCAGGGAACUUACAAGGUUACGAAUACCAUUUACUUCCCUCCUGGCGUGCGGGUUGUUGGAGAAGCAUACCCAGUAAUCAUGGCCAGUGGAAGUACCUUUGCCGAUAUGUCAACUCCUAUCCCUGUUGUUCAGGUUGGCAAGUCCGGAGAGUCUGGCUCAAUUGAAUGGUCGGAUAUGAUUAUCAGCACGCAAGGGUCUACGCCCGGCGCCGUCCUAAUCGAGUGGAACCUCGCAGCUGAUCUGGGAUCUGGAAUGUGGGAUGUCCAUACCCGCAUUGGUGGAUUUGAUGGCUCAGACCAACAGGUCGCCCAGUGCCCUACUUCAGCAUCUGUUUCCGCAACCUGCGAGGUCGCGUACAUGUCUAUGCAUAUCACAAAUUCUGCAAGCGGAGUAUACAUGGAGAACAACUGGCUGUGGACAGCGGACCACGACAUUGAUGAUCCUGACAACACUCGCGUUUCCGUUUAUUCUGGUCGUGGUCUUCUGAUUGAAGGAAAAAAUAUCUGGCUCUACGGAACUGCUGUCGAGCACCACGCCCUCUACCAAUACGAGUUUGCUGGCGCUACUUCGGUCGUGGCGGGCUUUAUCCAAACAGAAACACCAUACUACCAACCAGACCCAGAUGCCGCCAACGGCCCAUACCCCACAAAUGCCACUCUCUUCGACCCAGACUACAGCACCUGUCUUUCAGGUAACUGCGACGCCUUGGGUCUUCGCAUUCUCGACAGCACAAACAUACUCAUCUACGGCGCUGGCUUGUACAGCUUCUUCGAUAACUAUAGCACCACCUGUUCAGACUUCCCAUCGGACACCUGCCAGAGCGAGAUCUUCAGUAUUGAGGGUACCAACAGCGGCUUGACGGUUUACAAUCUCAACACCGUGGGAGUGACCAACAUGAUUGUUGAGAGUGGUACAUCAAUUGCACUUGCUAGUGAUAACGAGGCGAUUUAUGGUGGUACCAUCGCAUACUUCACUCUUUAA